AGAUCAUUCAAAAUUUUGAGUGGUGGUGACAAAGGUCGUGUGAAUUGGUCACAUUUUAUUUACUGCUUAAUUGACAAAAAGUUAUAAUGAAUGCACUCUAUUUGAUUGAUAUUGAUUCAUUAAUCAAUACCAACUUGUAUAAUGAGCAGUGAAGACAUUACAGAACAAGCUCAUGUGGAAUCAAAUCCAUCGUCUGUUGACACCAAUGUAUCCCAUCACAGCAUCAACACCGACAAUAACAAUAAUAAACAUUUAGGUAAUCAAGAAAUGAUUGAUGAAAUAAUGGAAUUAAAAUCAAAUAUAGCAAAUAUUAUAAAUACUAUAAGAGAUUCUAAAACUGUAUGUCUGAAAUAUGAAAAUGAAAUUCAAUACCUUCAAGAAUAUAUUGGUACUUUGAUGCAAAGUGAAGAUUUGAAGAAUAAGAAUUAAUUGAUCAUGUUAUUAUACUAUGAUUUGAUUUGAUUUGAACAAAUCUUGAUCAUCUUAUAUGGAUUGAUUCAAUUGAUCCAUCUAGAUCAUGUUAUGAUCAAUUAAUGAUAUCAUCACUCAAUAUGAUUAGUGAUUAGUG